GAUUUAGGAAAAGUAACUUGGCUACCCCGAAAACCGCUUGAGUAGCACCAGAAGGCUACAGCGACCAGAUCACCUGAACUCGUCGUCGGUUAUUUACUUGACAUUUUGUACCUCUGUGGACAUUAGCCAAUCGAAAAGCUUUUCGGUUCAAUAGUCUGCAGAACGGACCAGGUUGUCGUCAAAACAAAAAAACGGGCUUGAACGGCAAAGACAGAUUAAAUCCUGCGCAGCUUGGCUCUGCAGCUUGGCGUUGCGCAAGGCCAGAUUUACCCCGCGUGAACCAGGACGGACCGACCAUACAGAUUUUCGCUCCAUGAUCGGUCGCGGCAACUACGCGCAGAGCCGUGGCACAGCUGCCGGGAGAUUUGCGGCUCCGGUGAAUUCGUUGGCCCACACCCGACUGCUGACAAGUCGGCCGAAACUUUCAGGACCGGAAGUUACGGAACAUAAUACCCUGCAAUUGACGCAAAUCUCCCUCCCGUCGGGCCCAAAUGUUCAUCUGCAUGCCUCGUACUGUAAAAUCGUCGACGAUCGUCCACUAGGAGACAUGCUCCAUGACAAACACUAAGUACUUGUCAUUGUCGUUUCUUGGCAUCGAAUUGUUAUUGACUAGUUGUAGAUCGAGUUCUAGAGCAGAUUUGUUCCUCCUCGCCCGAUAUCUGUACUUACAGAAGAGAAGAAAAAGAGAGAAAAAAAAUCCAUACAUCAGCUUAGCAUAGCUUCAGACUAAAGGCGUGUUUUGACAAUCCAAUCAUCCGUCGAGAUUGGAAAAACUCACGCAAGCGGCAAAGAUCCAAAGCUUAGGUGAUUUGUUACCUUGCUAAAUAGCAUUUUGUUUUAAUCAGUUUCUUGCUGAUGGCAAGGGAACAUUCGAGUCAAAACGAACCUUCAUUACUUGCUUACAUUACUUCAUCCGAGCGUUCGUGUCGAACAAAGACACUGACUGACCGUUGGGUGGCACCAUGUCGGCGAGGACGGACUCAUGCGUCAAGGAAACGGCAAGAGCAGCCGCGGGCUUGAUCCCUGGAACCCUACUUGUAAUGGCCUCGGCCGGGGUCUAUGGAUAAGCAAUCCCCAAGAGUCCACAACGGUCGGGUCUCAAAGUCUUGUUUUGUUUUGGCACCAAAAGUAGCACCAAGCCAAAGAUGGACAGAAGUAAGUAGCAUCGGCAAAAAUCUCCUUUCGCUGUGGCAGGAUCCAUCGAGGACUGGCUGGCUGGUGUGGAUAAUUCCGGGAGGCGUUGUAUUACUUCGUACAACGUUGUGGUCGUGUACAUCUACCAUAGUAGAAGCUGGGUGUUUGCUCUUUUGGUGACAUCGUCUCCUAAACCGAGCGUCCAACCCCUGGGUUCUACCUGUUUCGACCCUUGAACAGCGGGCCACAAUCCGACAGGCCCGGCUCUCAUCGACAUCUACUCUACUAAUGUUUCCCAUCCUGUAAUGUCCAAACUGCAGCACGAAUCCCAUGAUGCCUGCAGACGAACCCUGGAUGCUUUCUUCUGCCCCAUGCGCGAGGCAACACUCCAGCCGCCCCACUCGUGCAUGGCCCCUCCUUUGAAACAUUGCGACCAAACAGAAAUGGCAAACCUCUCCUACAAAAUCCUAGGUCGUUCCCUUCCCCUAUGGUCUGGCCGCUACACCAAGGGGCCAAGACCUGACAAUUUGGAGACUGCCAAGACGUCUAAGAGAUGCCUCGACGACGGGGGGAGAGACCCCCGAGGAUGCUUUUAUCACGUUUCUUUUGAGCUAGACUGCUAAUUGCGCUACAACAUCAACCUGGCAACUGGUGGAUCACUCUUGGGGGAGAGAGAUAAGCCUUUGAGAAAGGGAGAGAACAUCAGUCAACAACCAGCUAGGGCAAUAUCGGUCGGAAGCGGGCGGGGCCGUGAAUUCAGCUCAUACAUAUGUUUUUUUUCUCUCUUUUUCUUUCUUUCUUUCUUUUUGUUCUGGCCAUAUGGCAAUGGCAGUAAGUACUGUACUGCUGUGAAGUCGUACGCGGUACUUGGUGCGAUUUACCUUUUGUGCUUCGCCUCAAUCGUACGGAUGGAACUAGGUCUAAUGGAUGGUGAAUUGAGUUAUGUUUGGUAGCGUCGACUGUACUUCGUAAAAGAUAGUACCUACCUACCUACCUACCUAGGUACCUUGCCUACCUAGCUAGGUAAGGUAUGAGAGGUAUGGGUGGAAUGGAUACUACGAUACAUUUUCCCUUGUUGUCGUUCUUUAACCGUUUUUGUCCCUAAUCGUUCCAGGGUCUCCAAACAUUUGACCAUUGGAAAAGUUUUAGAAAGGUUACCGGUUUUCGUUUGGGGCGACGAAAAUCCCAUUCACACAUCACCACAAAGCAACCAGGUCAGGCUGUCAAGCUUUUGGCAUUACGACACGAUCGACUUCUCAAGCCUGGGCGCCAGAGCUUGGAACUGAAAUGGGCAAUGCAGGCUUGAGGCCAAGCAAGUCAACAAGCCUGGGCAUUCACCCGGGGGACAGGGAAGGUUGUGGGGAUCUACCCUGAGAGCUUCUUCCCUAUCUGUUCUGCGCCGCUUUGUGGUGCAUUAUUAGGCGCGGACAAGCAGCUGCUAUAGUACUUCGUAGGUAGCCAGCCUAUUUCUUUGUGGGUCUAGAACUGCUACUUUCCUGCCAAGCCGCUCUCUUCCUCAAACGGGGGUUUCUUUGUAGUCUGUGCAAACCCACCAAGUCGAGUGAGUUGUUAUUCAAGCUUCACGAAACUUUGAUCUUUAAUUCUCC